AUGCUGUCUUUGUUUAUCGGAUUCUUGAACGCGCUGCCUAAUGGAGAAACUCAAGCAGAUUUGGAUGCGCUGGUGAGUAUCAACAAUUAUCUGUCAGAAUUUGCACAACAAAUAUCAAAAAUAACGGUGAUCGACAUCAGCAAGAUGGACAAAUUGAAGUUCACAACAGAAAAUCUCGAGAAAUAUACGAAAUGUAUGAACAAAACGAAGGAAUAUACCGAUCAGCUAGCCAAUUUGGAAAAAGGCCUGGAAGAUGAAAAGUCACAGGAGGACAUAGAGCCUUUUUUGGCGAAAACUAAUUUCUUUGGCUACGACACAGAAGCGUUUUUGACCAAUCUCGUAGAUCUUUUCGGCUUCUUUGCAGAAGAACCCGAUUUGGCAGAGAACUUCAAAAAAUCGUUCACGAUGUGUUUAAAGGAACUUAGGAAGCGCUCGGCGCCCGUCGAAGGAGAUACCAAAACAACAACUAAUUUUUUUCUCCGACUUUUUGGAAUGGGAAAAAAUAAAAAACUCACUGAGGAAAAGGAUCUCAAGAAGUUUAGAGAUCAGCUUUCCUAUCUCUCGAAACAUUACAGACAGAUCAUGGAUCACCUUUCAAAGAUUAUUUACAGUGAUGGUCUGAUCGAAAAGGUGAGUGGGGCAGAAAAGGCAGCCAGCAAGCUCUCACAGGAGUUUACUACCGAAUUGAAAACUUUUGAAUCGCAAAAGGAGUCUGCACGCCUGGAUAAUCCAAAGAGGAAUGUUGGGUAA